GAGAGCGCGCGCACACGAGCCCCAAAGCGAGCGACAUGUCCCUGUGGGGAGCAGUGCCUCGGCACCCCAGAGUGAGGAGGACGCAGGGGGCAGAGGCGGCUGCAGGGCGGGCAGAGGAGGGAGCUGCGCAGGGGGGUGAGCUGGUGGCCCGGGAGCCGUCAGGAAGGGAGGCCGGCUGGUGACCCGAGAGCCCCGUGGCCCCCGGGGUGUCUGCGGAGCCCGGAAGAUUGCAGCCAUGCCUCACAGCUCUGACAGCAGCGACUCCAGCUUCAGCCGCUCCCCUCCCCCUGGCAAACAGGACUCAUCCGAUGAUGUCAGGAAAGUUCAGAGAAGGGAGAAAAAUCGCAUUGCUGCCCAGAAGAGCCGGCAGAGGCAGACACAGAAAGCCGACACCCUGCACUUGGAGAGCGAAGACCUAGAGAAACAGAACGCGGCUCUGCGGAAGGAGAUCAAGCAGCUCACAGAGGAGAUGAAGUAUUUCACGUCGGUGCUGAGCAGCCAUGAGCCCCUGUGUUCGGUGCUGGCCGCCAGCACGCCCUCGCCCCCCGACGUGGUGUACAGCGCCCACGCUUUCCACCAGCCUCACGUCGGCUCACCUCGCUUCCAGCCCUGACUUUCCAGACAUGGGGUGGUGGGGGACGGAGCCCCCCGGCCCCCAGCUGCCCUGGCAGGCCUCAGGAGGGGCACACGGACUGUAGCCAGGCUGCCCUCACCCCCCCCAGGGCCCUCUCUCCAUCUGGAGACCCGGAUGCAGAGGCCCAGACAAGGAUUGAGCACAAGACUGGAGCAGCUGGGAGUGUGGGAGGCCACACAGUGGUGUCGCCGCCUGUCUGUGUGUGCUGAGCCCCCAUUCGGAUGGGAGGCCCAAUCCAGAGUUCGACCAGACAUGAUGCCCGAGACCCAUGGCAUUGAGGGAGGAGGGCAGGAGAGGGCGGGGGUUAUUUUUCUAAAUAAAUUUCUUAAAAGAAACCA